AUGUUGACAACAUUUUUCACCAUUACUGCUAUUACUAUGACAGCAGCUCAGCUGUUUCAUAAAGUAGAAUUAUCAAAUGAGAAGACACCUUAUGAUUACGUAAAAGAAAGGUUGGAUGCGAUUGCUUCUGACCCAAAAUCUGGAGUACCAAUUUCGGGAUCUUACGAAGUGGAAGAAAGUGAAGAUUAUCCUGAACAAAUUGAAGGAGCUGCUUCAACAAUCCUUAAUACUGUUGGAGGAGUCGGUGGCGUAGGAGGAGUUGGAGGUCUUGGAUAUGGCAUUGGUGGCCUUGGCGGCUUAGGUGUUGGCGGUAUUGGACUUGGUCAAGGUUUAGGAUUUGGUCUUGGUGGUACAAGCGUUGGUGGUGUCGGUGUGGGUGGUGUAGCUAAUGGAGUUGGUUUAAUUAACCCUGGUAUUGGGGGUCUAGGAGUAGGAGGCAUUGGCCUUGGAAAUGGGCUCCUCUACCAUCCGAUAUUAGGAGCUCAAGUUGGCGGAGGAUAUGUGGAUAAAAAAGCAUACGAUGCGGCACAGAAGAAAGGCGCUGAUGAAAAUGUUGAGAAAUUAGAAAAGAAAGCGGAAGAAGAAACUAAACACGGUCAAGAAGGUUUUCAACAAGCUGCUGCUGCUGCCAAAGGGGAAAAGGGAGAGUCAAGUUUUUACAAAGAUGAAGAAGCUAAGAAGAAAGCUGCUGGCGAUGAGAAAUUUUAUGAAGGGGCCCAGAAAGUUGACAAGCAUGGUGCCAACGAAGAGCAAAUAAAGAAAGCCAAGAGCCACAAGAAAGGCCACGUAAGCAAGGGUUUCAAAACGUCAAGCAGUAAAAACGAAGAAGAGAAAACAGAAAGCUUCUAUGACGAAGCACAUGACGAAGCCGAUCACAAAAUUGCCGGGCAAAAUGCUGGAUCCUUCGGUGAAAACUCACAGCAAGGAUUCAAAGGGGCACAUGAAGAAAAAAUCCUGGACGCCAACGCACAAGGCAAAGAGGGUCAUCACGUCGCCGAACAAAAAUUCGAUGAUGCCAAGGGUAACAAGGGUGAAUUCCUGCAAAAAGGCUACAAGGGUGGUGCCGAACUUUUGGAGAAAUUCAACAACCUCGGAGCUCACGCCGUACACGGACAUCAAGAAGCCAGUGGCGGCUAUCAGCAGAACAAAGGAAUCCUGCCAAUCCAUUAG